CGACCUUGUUCAGUGCAUGUUGAUAAACCGGCAGAUUGUAACAGUCAGAUUAUAAUUUAUGAUUGAAUUUAAUUCUUUUAUUUUCUAGAUUAAAGUUUGUCAUGUUGUCAGUGUGCAGCCGCGUGUUUACAGGGCUGCUGAGCAGGACGACUGAACAUCCAGCUGCUCAGAUCCUACAGCAUCACAUGAAAGUCUUUUCAGCUGGGUUAAAAACGUACGAUCUGCCUCCAGACUUCCGUGAUGUGGUUUUACCAGAGAAGCCGAAGCUCAAAUUCCUCAACAAGGUCCCUAAUCUUAAGAAAGCUAAAAAGGAGAUGAAGAAGCUGCGGGACAUCCAGGGUCCAGCGAAGGCUGCUAACACAUUCACGAGUGGACAGUACGGCAUUGUGGCGCUGGGUGGAGGGUAUCUACACUGGGGUCAUAUGGAGAUGAUGAGGCUCACCAUUAAUCGCCGGAUGGACCCGCGGACCACCUUCGCCCGAUGGCGGGUCAAUGCUCCGUACAAGCCCAUCACCCGGAAAGGCCUCGGUCAGCGCAUGGGUGGCGGCAAAGGCGCCAUCGACUUUUACGUCACGCCCGUCAAGAGCGGCCGAUUGGUUUUGGAGGUCGGGGGCCACAUUGAACUUGAAGAGGUGGAACCGGUCCUUAAAGAAGUGGCCAAAAAGCUGCCGUUCCCGGCUCAGGUCGUGAGCAGAGAGAGUCUGGCUGCGAUGCAUGAAGAGUUUGCCGAAAGAAGAUCCAACAACCAGAACCCUUGGACCUUUGAGAGAAUCGUCCGCUCCAACAUGCUGGGGAGCCGCAAAGUCAUCAGUCCCUUCGACCUGCACAACCACGGCCGUUACACCGGAAAGUUCUUCAACCAGGAGAGAGUCUGAUCUGGUCUCGUCUGAUCACGGCAGAAUAAACAACAGGACUGUGGGGAACUGGUACACGAGCAGUGCGGAGCUGUGAAGAUGAGAGACUCUGUGUUAGCGAUCAUUCACUCUUGAUAAGGAUUAGCCAGCGUAAGCACUUGAUCAGAACCUGUACGCCACUUAGGAGCUAGGUCAUGUGAUCAUCAGCGGUUUCUAGAACUAGGCAGUGCAUUGUUUAUGUAAAACUGUCUCUCACAGGGGGGAAAAAAGAGAACCUACGUUAUUAUGUUUGAUUUAUCACUGCGGGGAAGAAUAAAAAAAUAGAACUUUUGAGUUGUGUGGAAUUAAAAUCCGUUAAAAUUAAUUCUGUACAGUAAAUCAGGUUCUUAACUCCUUUUUUUCUCUCUUAAAUCUCUGUGUGUUUAAAUUUGAAGUAUCAUUUUCAAUGAAUAUAUGAUGUUGUCCAGCCAGCUCAUGGUCAGUUAUCCCAAUAGUGUAUGAACCAAAUUUGCCAGAGUUUUAGACCAGAUUCUUCUUGAUUGCAGUAUUGCAGUGUGGCUGUUGGUAGGGUGGCGCAGCGGUAAAAACACACGCUGCAACCAGAGCUGGGAUCUCAAAUACAUCAUAUCGAAUCUCAGCUCUGCCUCCCGGCUAGGCUAAGCAGCCACAUGAACAACAAUUGACGUGUUGUUCAGAUAUGGGUGGGAUUAAGCCGGAUAGGGACUCUCAUAACUCAUAACUAAUGCAAUUACAACCUCUGCUGGCUGUGAUUAUUUUUAAAAUGAUCAAAUAAAAAAUUCACUUAAUAAAUACAGUGAUCAGUACUGGGGACACAAAAGGCACCGAACUGUAGAAAUGACCCAGAUACUAAAUUGUCCACAACUGUGUUUGAUAUAAACUAGUGAACUGAUGAAUCUUGUGUAAUGAGUAACUACCGUUCCUGUCAUGAAUGUAACUAUAGUGUAAAACAGGACACCCCUGCUAAUGAGUGAAUUUAGUUGUUUCUACCUCAUCCAUUUUAACAGCUGUAAAUAAAAGGUUAACAAAGUAA